CGUCUUGUUUACAGAACCUGCCCGAGUUUCAGGUGAACGCAAUCUCUCUCCUCUUUUUCUCUUCCCCCUAUGGUCUCUCCAGUCCUUUAGCAUCAGUGCUUUAGCAUCUAGGGUUUUUGACACUUCGAUCAAUGCAGCUUCAGCAGCGUCACACUACAGGUGGAUUUUGGACUGUCUGCUCUCAAGAUUUACUUUUCUCCCAGACUUGAGAAAAGAUUGAGGGGCCAUUGUUUGGGUGCAAUAUAGGAUGGACCUGACGUUGCUGAGUGCCAUUCUAGUUGGAGCAGGUUGCCUUGCUUUGGGAUACUACAUUGGUGCACGAUGUCCUGCUCGCAUUUUUAUCUCAGCAAGAUUACCUAAAGACAUUGCAGUUGAUGGUAAUGGGAAGAAGAAUGAUAAGCCCAAAGAGGCCCUUGAGAUUGAAAAGCUGGCUGACAUUCUUGAAGAUUUCAAAAUGGUUUUGGUUGUGAGGAAUGAUCUAAAGAUGGGUAAAGGGAAAAUUGCUGCCCAAUGCAGUCAUGCAACUUUGGGUCUCUAUAAAAAGCUUCUUCGUCGGGCACCAAAAGCUUUAAACAGGUGGGAGAUGUGUGCGCAGCCUAAGGUGGUUGUAAAAAUUGAAAGUGAGGAAGAUAUGCUAGUUUUGCAAGAGCGGGCAAAAUCGCUAAAUAUACCAACCCACAUUACAAUUGAUGCAGGGAGAACGCAGAUUGCACCAAAUUCGAGGACAGUGAUGGCUAUUCUUGUAUGCUCCCAUGCUUCUGUCUGUCUCCUUGGUCUUCAUUAUUCCUGCAGCUCUCCAACUUUCCAGGGGAACCCACAACCACAGCCGUCCGAUCAUCUUUCAUUCUCGACGGAAAUGUGUAGCGGAGAGUGUUGGAUGUCGGUGGUAGGAAGACGGCGAAGAAUGUGGGACGUUGAGCUAGAAGUGAUGUUGUUGUUGGGGUUAUUGGUUAUGGCACAAAUACAAGAGUCUGUGCAGCUGAGGUGUAGUCAUCCAAUGCAUGGGGUUGUGGACAGGAUCAAUGAGAAUGCAGGGCCUUAUAUUGGGCUUGUCAUGACUUUCCCUACCGAAGAACUCGUGCUUCAAACCUCUGGUUUCUUUGUUCCCAGCUCCUAUAUCCCCUGGGUUGACCUCGCUGGAAGGAGGUUCAACAUUGGGAAGAUUAAUGGUACAGAUGUAAUUUAUGUGAUGACUGGAGAGCAAACGCUAAAUGCAGGUAUAGCUGUGCAAACCCUUCUUGAUACAUUUGAUAUUCAAGGAAUUGUUCACUAUGGAAUAGCUGGAAGUACUAAUGAUUCAUUGAACAUUGGUGAUGUUAGUGUCCCAAAUUAUGUUGCCUUCACAGGAUCUUGGAAAUGGAAGGAGUUCAAGUCAGCAGAAGGGGGACUCACAGAAUUGAAGUUUGGGGCUUUCAAUUUCCCGGAAAAGGGAGAGAAUUUGUUGGCAAAGAUAGACUUCACACCGCAGCAAUUGUUCUCUGCAGCAAAACCAAUGGAAGAGGUCUUUUGGCUUCCAAUAGAACCAAAAUUUUUCAACAUUGCUACAACACUUCAGGAUUUAAAGCUACAACAGUGUCUCAAUGAGACAUAUUGCCUUCCUGAAACACCAAAAGUUGUGUAUGGAUUGAGAGGUUCUACUGCUGAUAUAUACCUUGACAAUGCAGCUUAUAGAAAAUUUCUUUUCAAAGAAUUUAAUGUCUCCACUGCUGAUGAAGAGAGUGCUGCUAUUGUGAUGACAUCUCUAUCAAAUGGAGUGCCUUGUAUUGUGUUUCGAGGUGUAUCGGACUUGGCGGGUGGAGAGGAAAAAUUGUCUGUAACAAGCCUGACUUCUUUGGCUGCUAUGAAUGCUCUCACUGUUGCGGUUGAGUUUAUUGGAUUAUCUGGUAAGGAAGCUGUAAUUCAUGACCACUGAAAGUGGACAACCUUAGAUGGUAGAUGAAGGUUGCCAUAAUGUAAAAAUUGAAUUUUGUUAGAGAAAAUUUCCUAAAUAAGGAUUCAACU